UAAAGUUGAAAUUUUCUUUGAAGCUGUUAAGAGUGCCAAAUGGGUACUUCAUAUAAUUCCGAUCUACUCUUCCGGGGGGAUGGAAGACAAGACGGGAAUUUGGGAUUUCAUUACUUCCGGCAAAGAAAAGGUGAUGAAUGUCUGUCAUCGCAUUGGUGAUGGUGAAGGUCGUGCUAAAAUCGUUCAUUUCACAGCAAAAUUCGUCAAAAAUGCUUCAUUUUAUGCCUUCAAAGAAGCAGCCAACAUAUUAGUUCCUGGUGGAAAGGAAAUCUCCAAAAUUUAUACUGAUACGGUUAGUGAAAUAGAGACAGAGUCUAGAGAGAAACAAAACAGGUCUUGUGACGACAAAAUAAUUGGAAAUUUGAGUAAGAUAACUAAUGGUAAUACUAGUCCUGUGAUAUUGCUUGAUAGAGCAGAGAAGCUGGAAAGCACAAGGGAGGGUUCUGAAAACAGUGUUCAAGUUGAUUCAUUUGCAUAUCAAACACCUGAGGACGUUCUGAGAUUCUUCAUGGUGAUGGAAUUUAUGGGUACUCGUUAUUUGGAUAAUUUGUUGGUUCAUGAUAAUCGUCAACGAAAGAAUGUGUAGUUUGUUUUAGUAUAUGUAUUAGCACAUCGAGUCUCGCAUGUGUUAGUUAUUAGUAUAAUUGGAUUGCUAGUUAAAUCUUGGUUAUUGUUUUGUUUCCUUUGAAACUCCCCAUGAUGGGAAGCAAAUCUCAUAAAUACACUUUAGUGAUCAUAGUAAUAAAAUUAAAAUUAUUUUUUCACUUUGACACGUGAAGGCAAGCAA